AUGGCUUCUUCCGCUCUCACAGCUGUUUCCCCAUUGAUCUCGUCCUUCACAGCCUUGAAGAGCAAUACCAGUACAUUACCAGCCCUUCAAACUAGCUCUGUGAAGCGUCGUUCAAUCUCCAUCAAAGCUACCGUCAGGGAAACUGCUUCAUGCAAAUCCUAUGGUAGCACUCUUGGUGGGGACUCUGGUAUCUUCGCCCUAUGCGGCAAAACUCAUACCUCCGCAGUUGACGGGGACUCUAGCCUGUGGGCGCCACCGGCGUUCGGCAAAGCUGGCCAUACGGCCUCCUCAACCGACGGGGACUCUAGCUUGUGGGCGCCACCGGCGUUCGGCAAAGCUGGCCAUAUGGCCUCCUCAACCGACGGGGACUCUAGCUUGUGGUCGCCACCGGCGUUCGGCAAAGCUGGCCAUAUGGCCUCCUCAACCGACGGGGACUCUAGCUUGUGGGCGCCACCAGCGUUUGGUAAAGCUGGUCAUGCGGCCUCCUCAAUUGGCGGGGAUGAAGGCUUCUUGUACCUCGUGUUUGGCAAAACUGGACAUGCCUCCUCCACUGGCGAUGACUCUGGCGUGUUUAACCCGCUCUUCUUCGGCAAAGCUGGCCACGCGACCUCCUCAGCUGAAGGGGACGCUGGCUUUGUGAUCCUCGUGUUUGGCAAAGCUGGUCAUACCUCCUCGGCUGUAGGGGACUCUAGCUUGUGGAUGACACCCGUGUUCGGCAAAGCUCCUCAUGCAACCUCCUCAACUGGCGGGGACAAUGGUUUCGUGAUCCUCGUGUUCGGCAAAACUGGUCAUACAGCCUCUUCAACCGGUGGGGACUCUAGCUUAUGGAUGACACCCGUGUUCGGCAAAGCCUCCUCAACCAGCGGGGACAAUGGCUUCAUUAUCCUCGUGUUCGGCAAAGCUGGUCAUACAUCCUCUUCAACCGGUGGGGACUCUAGCUUAUGGAUGACACCCGUGUUCGGCAAAGCCUCCUCAACCAGCGGGGACAAUGGCUUCGUGAUUCUCGUAUUCGGCAAAGCUGGUCAUACGUCCUCUUCAACCGGUGGGGACUCUAGCUUAUGGAUGACACCCGUGUUCGGCAAAGCCUCCUCAACCGGCGGGGACAAUGGCUUCAUUAUCCUCGUGUUCGGCAAAGCUGGUCAUACAGCCUCUUCAACCGGUGGGGACUCUAGCUUAUGGAUGACACCCGUGUUCGGCAAAGCCUCCUCAACCACCGGGGACAAUGGCUUCAUUAUCCUCGUGUUCGGCAAAGCUGGUCAUACAACCUCUUCAACCGGUGGGGACUCUAGCUUAUGGAUGACACCCGUGUUCGGCAAAGCCUCCUCAACCACCGGGGACAAUGGCUUCAUUAUCCUCGUGUUCGGCAAAGCUGGUUAUACAGCCUCUUCAACCGGUGGGGACUCUAGCUUAUGGAUGACACCCGUGUUCGGCAAAGCCUCCUCAACCAGCGGGGACAAUGGCUUCAUUAUCCUCGUGUUCGGCAAAGCUGGUCAUACAGCCUCUUCAACCGGUGGGGACUCUAGCUUAUGGAUGACACCCGUGUUCGGCAAAGCCUCCUCAACCAGCGGGGACAAUGGCUUCGUGAUCCCCGUGUUCGACAAAGCUGGUCAUACGGCCUCCUCAACGAACGGGGACUCCAGCUUGUGGGUCUGGCCCGUGUUCGGCAAAGCUAGUCAUACGGCCUCCUCAACCGGUGGGGACUCGGGCUUUUACCCAAUGGCCAUGGUCGAUGGGCAAACCUAG